GUGGGUGAGGGAGGGAGGGAGGGAGGGGCACAGACCACACCUGGAGGAAAUAACAACAAGUCACUCCGCGAGCAUCGCUUUGAUCCAUCGCAUCCCGUCGCUAUGGUUAAGAAGAAGGGCAAAGGAAGGAAGAAAGGGGGAAAGGGAAAGAAAGGCAAAAAGCAAGAGCCCAAAGCCAACAGAGAAUCAGACGCUGAGAGGGCAAGGGUAAAUGCCACAUUAUGGGAAUCGAGGCUGGAUGUGACGGAGAAAUCCCGAAUGGAAUACCGGGAAACAGCUCGCAUGCUUGCUAGAGCAAAUGAGAGCUUAAUAAACCAACGAGUCCAAAUAGAGAGAGAUACCGUGGAGGUGAUCUCCUACUUAAAGAAACAGGACAUGCAGAAAAACGACCAGAUCAGUAAACUUCAGCUACAGUUAUCUGACCAGAAAAAAGAAGCGCACGAGCAGCAUCAAAACAUUAUUGAAAACUACACGGGGCAAAUCAAUGAACUGGAAGAAAAGGUGUCCAAAAAGGCGAACGAAAUCCAGCUGAUUCAAGGGGAGCUGAACAGGGUCAAGGAGUUCAGGAGGAAACAGAUCUACAUGAAGAAAGAACUAGAUGCAAUAAAGGAUACAAUGAGCACAACUAUCAAGGAGCACACCGACACACUGAGAUUAAUGGAAGGGAGAUUUUUUGAAGAGAAGGUUCGUCUGGAGAAAGAGGCAGAACAGAAAUUAGUUCAGCUGACAGAACAAGCGCACACUGAAGCGAUUGUGAAUCUCGAGAACAAGACUCGUUGUGUCUUUAAGGAAAACGUGAGGCUAACCGGGACAGUGAAGGUCUACAUCAAAGAGGCUGAAUAUCUGAAGAAAAUUAACCAGCAUCUGAAAGACCAAAACAUGCAGCUCUUCAGUCAAAAGGAAACCAGUGAGGUUUUGGUGAAAGAAAAACUGCUGGAAGUGAAACAACUGAAGGACCAGAUCCAACAGCUUCAGAAGAACAUGCAGAACCUGGAGAAAGCCCUGGGCCACAUGGCCAGGGAAUUCGAGACAGCAAAAUGGAACGUCCAGCAUCAAUCCCAGAUCAAAACACAGACCAACCAGGUGGAGAUCACCAGACUGGAGACAGUCAUCAAAAUGAAGGACAAGGAGAUGAAUAGGGUGAAGACGCUGGCCAGGAGCAUCCUGGACCAGCGCACUGACGUAGAGAUAUUCUUCUUGGAGUCUCUGGAAGAAGUAAAGAAGAAAAUUAUCUGCAGCCGGCUUCACUACAAGAAAGCAGCCGAGAUCGCCUUUAACAAAAAGAUGAAGAAAGCCUACGAGGGCAAGGAGGAGUACCCCAAAAUCAGGACCUUUUCUAAAGACCAUCACAGCACAAACAACGUGUAUCAGGAUAUGGAAGAAGCUGAAAAAUGGAUUAACAUCAAGGGUAACAAAAUAGAUAUCGGUGACCUGACUUGGGAGCAGAAGGAGAAAGUUCUACGCCUGUUGUUUGCAAGGAUGAAUCGUUUGGCAGGAAACAUAAACGAAAAUGCCUCGUUUCAGAAAGUCUUUAUCACAGAGGCUCCUGACACAGAAGUACCAACCGAUGGAUGCAUGUUCCCGAGUAUUCCAUCAGCAAAACAGAUGACAGACGAGACGGCAGCCUCGUAAACGCACCAGCACGACACACCGCACCACACCACAACGGCACCGUCGGAGAAAAUCAUGACAAGUCGUGCUAUAUUUUUUUUUAAAAAGAAAAAAAAAGUAUAAAAGCAAUCUUAGGAACAAAAUACUGUUCCGUGGGAUUUUUUUUUUAAUAUAUGCCUGGAGUGCUAAGAGUUUCAAAGCUGAAAAUUAUUUAAGAGAAAGUAAUUCUAUUGUCCUGAAUUUACUACC